UCCUCCUCCUCCUCCUCCUCCCAACACCCCCUCUCUCCGCUCUCCUCCUUACCCCGCUUGCCGACGCCGCGUGCCCCGCCCUCGAUGAGCGGCCAGCCGGGUGCCGCGCACGAUGAAAGUGCCUCCCAGCCACUGACACCGCCGGACUUGGGCGACGUAUCGCCCAGCCUGCUGGGUUUUGAUCCGGCCGCCUUUACCCUGGACACGGCCCUCCCCCCGCCGGGAGCGGGCUUCUUCCCACCGACCAUGUUUCUUCCCCCGGCAGCCGCGGCCGCGGCUCUCAUGCCCCUUCCCCCUUCCUGGGAUGACACCCUGCGCGCCUAUUCCCAGACUGGAAGCGGCAUCGGCGCCAGCCCCAACACCGGUGCCGGCCACAGUAACAGCAGCAACAGCAACAGCAACAGCACCCCCCGCUCCACCGUUCCCGCCAGCACCGAUGCCGGCACCAGCAGCGGCACCGGCGCCGCCCCCCUGUCUCCCGGUCUUCGCCAAAGCUGGCUCCCCGCUCAUGGCGCUGGGCUAGCCCAGGCGCUGGACUGCCUGGCCAAUCCCCAUUUCUCGCAGGGCUUUUCGGCUUCAUCCUCAUCCGGGGAUUCGGCCUCCUUGGCCCCUGGAGCCGUGGGCCUGCCGCCGCACGGCAACAGCCCCGGUUCCUCGGCGUCCUCGAUGGCGCUGUCCGGGUCGAUCCUCUUCGACUCGGCGGCCUCGUCGAUUUCCUCAUCCCCAGGGACAACUCGGACUGCCAGCGCCCCUGUCCCGACCCUGACACCCAUGGCUGACUCUGGCACCUUGCCUCCGGAGCUGAAUGUCGAUCGGUCGCCGCGGCCCUCCGGACGGCACCCUAGCUCGAGGUCCUCAUCGUCCUUCUCUUCGGGCCCGGAGCAUGGGCACGGCCUCGGCCGGGCCAGUACCCCGGCGCCCAGUCGCACGGGCAGCCUGCUCGGACCGCUCGCCGGGCUGGACUUCGUCGAGGGGAUCCCCCCUUCGCCGUCGAGUGGGUCCAGUGCCUUCCUGCCAUCGGGCUUCCCGCUCUUCCGGGGCCCGGGAAUGAUGGGGCAAGUCCCCGGCGGCGGGCCCCUCUCGGAUGUGCCCUUCCAUGGGACCUCUCAUUUGGACCUUCUGGGAUCCAUGCCUGGGCCGUUUGCCGGUAUGAAUGCCGGCGUCCCAUCGGCCGGGCCCCCUGGGGCACAUGGCCUCAGCCUGAGCGAUGCCUCUUUCUCCGACAUCUUUGACUUGUCCUCGGUGGCCCCCUCGGGCUUUUUGAUCGAGGACCCGGCUGCCCGGGGCGGUCCCCAGCGCAGUGCCUUCCGUCGACGCAUGGGUCACCUGUUUGAGGCCGGCGCCAUGGUCCUGUCACUGGUGUAUGUGGGCUUCUAUGUCCUGUGCCAGAUUUUCAUCAACUACCUGAUGCCGGACCGCCUGACCCGGGCGGCUCUGAAGAAGGAGCUGGCCCUGGCGCGGACAUAUCCCGAGUGGCGCCGCGUGGCCCUGUCGUUGGACUGUCUAGACGGGUACAGUGCCUGGCGAAUUGCCCCACGGCCGCCGGCGGCCCUCGGUGGGGGGGAUCCCUGUGCCGGUGAUUCACAACACCCGGCCGACCCGAUCGAAGAGCCGGAGGAGGAGGAGUACUUCGAUGCGCCGGCCCUGCGAGCACAUGUGAAGCGCCUCCGCUGCGCGCAGGAUAUCGCCUUGCGCAACGGCGACUACGUAGCCUUGCGGUAUCUGGUCCGGGCACUGAUGAUCCGCAAUCUUGGCGGCACGGCCGACCGGCGCCUCUACACUGGCUGGGUCAGUGGCAGCACCAAGGCCCUCAUUGAGAUUUUCGUCUCGCAGCUCGCCGAGGCCAUUCAAGUAUUGUCGCUGCCACAUAUCCCGCGACUGACGCUCCUGGCGCCGGAGCAUCAGGCGGCCCUCGCACCUACACGCUCAGCCGCCGAGGCUCCCGGCUACCCGGGCCUGCCAAUGAUCGGCAGCGGACUCAGUGCCACCGAGCGGCGAACAGCGUUGCGCCAUGCACAGCAGUCCCUCGGCCGGACAUGCCUGGCCCUGUGCGGGGGCAUUGGCUCGGCCCGGGGGGCACAGCACCUCGGUGUGGUGAAGGCCCUCUUUGAGAUGAGUCCACUGCGGUUGCGGAACUCGGUGAUUCCCCGCCGGGGCGCGGGCGCCAGCGGCCCCUCCACCGCCCGGCCCAAUGUGGCCACCCCUUCGCAAGAGACGUCCCCCCUGUUGGAAUCGCUGGUUUUGUCACCGCCGGCCGCCGGCCAAAGCACGGCCCAGCUUCGGCUGCCGUCUCCCGGCGCCCGGGGCACCUCCCCGGCGCCCGACCCCUUCGAGCGGGGCAUCUUGCCGACCAUCUUCUAUGGGACCGAUGUCGGGGCCAUCGUGGCGGCCUUUGUUUGCGUCCGGACCGACGCCGAGCUUCGGGAGUUCUUCACCACCGGCGACCAGACAUUGGACUUCUCCAUCUUCUAUCAGCACAACACUCCCUCUGAUACUGGCGACGCUCCCGUCGAGGGAUUCUCCUCCUCAUCGGCCUCGCUGCGCCGGCGCUUUGAUCGCUUCAUCCAGCAUGGGGUCUUCUUCGAUGCGGCGGUCUUGCGGCGCUUUGUGCGGGCCAAACUGCGGGUCAGCUUCCAACAGGCCCCCAUGGUCGCCGGCGCAUCUGUCCAUGGGGGGUCUCCCCCGGCGUCCAGCUUCACCACGCACAUGGUGGCCAAUUUGCUGUCCGGCUCAUCGCAAUACCAGUCGGUCCGGUGCGGGUGCACCAUCCGGUCUCUGGACACCGAGGAGGCGUCGCACGCGACCGAAGCACGCAAUUGCCCUCACCCCGACCCUCUGACUCGGGUCUGCCCGCAGGCCUGGAUCGAGGACAUCACUUUCAUGGAGGCCUUCGAGCGCUCGGGCCGGGUGCUCAACAUCCGCGUGACUGAUGGCCUGGUGCUCAACUACCUGACCGCGCCGAAUGCCAUCAUCUGGUCGGCGGCCUGUGCGGCGUGUGCCACGCCGGGGCUCAUUUCCCCGACGCCGGUGCUGGCACGCACGGCCGACGGCGAGCACAUCCCCUGGCUGCCGAGCUCCGGCCGCCCCGGCGGGACGACCAUUUCCCCGGAGUCCCUCCUGUCAACCAUGCCCCUGGCUGGGACCAGUGCCGGUGGGACCAGUGCCCAGGCCGGCGGCGCGGCCACUCAGGCUGGUGCAUCUGGCACGCCGGUCUCCCGUCGGGGGCGGUCCUCCUCGACCUCGGCGACGGCGCCAACCGGCCCGGCCCCGGCUGGCGGGUCUCUGUCAGACUCCUCGUCGGGGAAUCUACUGGCGUCAGCGGCCCCGCCGCGCUCCAUCCCCCUGGCGCCGUCGUCGCCGCCGGCGCCGUCGCCAUCGUCGCUGGAAUACCAGGACCCGCUUCUGCGAAGUGGCUUUACCAACACCGAUGGCACGCUGUCCUGGUCCUGGCUGGCCAGCUUGUUUGCCGCGGCCACGCCAACCCCGGCUCCCCUGCCCGGCGGGCCGACCCUGCCGCUGGACUCGGACUUCGGUGACUUGCCCUCGACCCGGCUGUCUGAGCUUUUCAAUGUGAACCACUUCAUUGUCAGCCAGAUGAGCGUGGUCUUCGAGCCGAUUGCCCCAUCAGUGACCCCUCCGCCGCCCGUUCGGUCAAUCGCUCCGAAUUCCUGGUCGUUGCCAGCUCGCGCCGUGGCUCGCCUGCUGCGCUUUUCCCGGCGCUUCCGCUACUCUGUUGGAUCAUUUGUCCGCCGGGAGACACAAUACCGCCUGUCUCAGCUGUUCUCUCUGGGUCUCCUCCCGGCUGGUCUCGCCUCACUUAAGGGCCACCUGGCCGUGCAUGAGCGCGGUCACAUCGUCAUCUACCCGCUCCCGUCGUCCUCCGGGUCCGGCGACCAGCCGGCGUCGGCCUCGGCACCGGCCAACAACCGGGCCAAGGGAACUGACGCCGGGCGGGCCCGCGCCGGCGGCCGGGCCUCCUCUGCCGCCUCGUCAUCCUCCGCCGGGGGCCCGACCUCCUCCUCGGCGGGGACCGGGCCCGCACGAAAGCGGACUCUCUUCCAGCGCGGCGCGCGCGCCCUAUCUUCCACGCCCACCGGCGGGACACGUCUUCGCCAGGGGAUUCACCGCGGUGAGCGGGCCACCUGGCCCCAUCUCCCGCGCGCCCGGGUCCAGCUGACCGUCGAGCGGAUUCUCGAGGAGGCCCUCAUGCGCAUCGACCAAGAGAUUUCGUGGAACGCCGCGGCCGGCCUGGCCGCCGAAGACUGACCGCCGGCCUCUUCUCGACAUAUAGACUAUCCAUGUGCUCUCGUGUCAGUGUGUCCCUUCCGUUGCCUCUCUCUCUCUCUCUCUCCC